CACAUCUCGAUAUAUUUUGUACAAUUUGAAGUCAAUUUACACUGUGUAGUAAUAAACUUGAAGGGUUAUUUCAGAAUUGAUUGAUAACUAGUCUAAAUAGUGUGCUCGGUUGGGUUGUAUCUUUUCUUUAUACAAUAAAUAUCAAGUGGUGGUAAAGGAAAGUAAAAGAAAUGUCAAAGUAUAUCAAAGAGGUUUAUGUCAAUGAAAGAAUACAUAAAGAACCUGAAGAAUGUUCUGAUACUGAUGAAAAUGGUGAUGAAAAUGAACAUGUUAGAGAGGAAAAAGAUUUGGAAGGAAGAAUCACUGAAGACAAUGCUAUUGAUAUCACCAAACAAUUGGAAGAUUGUCAUAUAAGCUCAAGAAACACAGAUGAGAUUGAAGUCAAAUCAGACAGUUUAGAAGAUGAUUUAAUCAACAAGUUGAGUGGGGUGUCUAUCAAAGAAAAUGCCAUUUUAUUCACUCCAGAAAAUACUGGUAUUUCUAACCAGGCACAAAUUUCAGAAUUAGAAGCUAGGGGUCCAAUGAGGGGUAUUGCUACUGAUUUUAGACAAGGUACCAAUACUACCUUUUUUAAUUCAGUUGAAUCUUCAUGGAACUACCCCGAAAGCCUGCCUAAUUUUAAUUGUACUAGUGGAAAGAGAAAGCAGGCAGAAUAUGAAGAGAAUCCAACAAAAUUUCUAUCACCAUCUGUAUAUGAAGAACAUUUGAAUGAUUUAGAUAUGAUGGAAAGUAGACCGCUUAGAAAUAAUCAAGAAUCAAAUGUUGAUGUAGCAGUGGUUCCUGAUAUGUGUGACAUAGACAACUUACUGCAAAUGUUAGGUAAUGGUACAGACAACAAUUUUCCCGGUAGUAACAAAUUACAGUCAGACUUGCUGGAUUAUAACAGUGAAGGAUAUGCAAGUGAAGAUAGUCCUGUACACGAAACAGCAUAUUCACCUGUUGGGAUUGAUUCACCUCCUCCAUCUAAUCUUUCUCACUUAUCUGAUGAUAGUGGAAUAAGUAACAGCAGCCAAUCAAUGUCUAGUCCAGACCAAAUAUACAAGUAUGAAGUGGAAAGUCCAAUGCCAAAAUCAUGCGAUGAUCUGUUUGAAGAACGUAAAGAUGAAUUGGCAGAUCUCUUAAAUAUUUUGGCUAGAGAUAUAAAAAAUGAUGAAAAAUUGAAAAAAGAAGACAUGGCAAGGAGAAAUUUACCCCAAAAAGCAAGCAAUGAAUUAAAUGCUAGUUUACCUCCUAAAGAAUGUCAGACCUGGCCUAGGCAUACCAAUGAGGAAAACAAUAGGCCUCUGAAUAAUUUUAUGGAAUCAAAUGAAAAGUUACCUGUCGGUCAACAUUCAACAAGAAUAAAGUUAGCAGCAAAAGAGAACAACUUCAGAUGCCCUAAUACAACACAUGUUUCUCCUCAAACAACAGCUGGAUCUUUAGUAUCUUGCCGUCAAGCCAUUCCCAUAUCGGUUAAUAUAUUACCUUCAGGUAACUGUCAUUCAAAACCUCUUAAUACUGUACCAUCCUCAACAUGUCCAAUUUUAGUCAUAUCUCAAAAUCAACCCCUUGUGGUUGUUAGCCCCAUACCUAUAAAGCCCACACAACAAACAAAGAAACAGUCUAGCUUUGUUCCUAUUUUACCAAGACUAACUCCUGUGAACCAGAAAAUAUCAACUGUCAACAAUGUGACAUCUACAUCAAGAGUUCCUACCACAGUAGUAGCAGCUGCAGAAGAACAUGUAGCCAACAAUUCAGAUAAGAAACCAACUCACAUUCAGAAGUACAAAGUUGAUGAUAAUAAGCGGUUGAAUUUAGCUAGACGUUUGGUGGCUAAAAUGACAAGUGAUGAUUUAAAAUUUCAAGAUAAUGAAGGGGAUACCUAUCUUCAUGUAGCUGCAUGCAAGUCAGACAAGAAUAUGGUACAGGCUUUAUUGGAGAGAUUAGAAAGGGAAAAAUUGCUAGGAAUGAUUGAUGUUCAUAAUCUUCGAAGACAGACAGCCCUUUAUUGUGCUGUUAGUGGAAAUAAUCCUGGAAUGGUGGAAAUGUUAUUACGUUAUGGCGCUGAUAUUAACACACUUGCAGAGAGAGUAGUUCAGUCGAAUCACUUUAAAGACAUAACAUCUGCAUUAUCUGCACUUCAUGUUGCAUCAACAAAUGGAAAUGAGUAUUUAGCUACAUUAAGGACCUUGUUGCAGAGUAAGGAUCUGUUGUUGAAUAAUCCAAAUUCAGAUGGUCAAACAGCAUUGCAUUGUGCUAUCCUCUGUCAUAACAAGAAUAGAAAUAAUCAGAACAAUGAGUAUAUAGAUAGCAGACAGGUUAUUGAGCUUUUGAUAAAUCAUGGUGCUGACAUCAAUGCUCAGGACAAGAAAAAUGGUAAAACGCCAUUGAUGUAUGCGUUAGAAUCAAGAAAUGUUGAAUUGAUCUAUUCUGUUGUAAAGAAUGUUGAUGCUGAUAAAAAAAGUCUCUAUUUAGUGUACAAUAUUAAAUAACUUCAUAUUUCAAAUUAUAUUAUUGUGAAUAAGGAAAAGAUAGAGAAUUGGACACACAUAUUUCAUACCCUGGUUUUUAUUUGAAAUGGGGGCCGUAUAUCGUCGAGACCCAUUUCCGCCUGUCUGUCCACAAUUGCUCGUAAACACUCUACAAGACACAAUUCUUGACUGAUUUCAAGGAAACUUAGUAUGGUUGUUUGUUAUCACCCAACAUGGAUAAACCUAUUGAAAAUCAGAAAAAUUGAAAAAUGUGUAGUACCGUAUGAGUUAUUGCACUUGUAUCUUGAAAACAGUUCAAGUUUAAGCCUAUUAACCCUCAAGAAGGCCAAAUUCCUGACAGAUUUUGAUGAAACUUAGUAAUAUUAUUUGCCUCAAAAAGUUCAAAAGAAGUGUAUGUCUGAAGGUUGAAUAUUUCAUACUGCCAAAUUAGUUUUUUAAAAAUUAAAGCUGCCAGUGGGCGUAUAUUACCUUGGCAAGCUAUCUUAUCAUACGAAACUUCGCAUCUUGCCUAGCUCCGUAUAGUCGCAGAUCUAUCUCCGAUAGGUAGAAUUUCUCUGUUGAUCAGGAUGGCUAUCUUAUAUGAAUAACCUUACUUUUUAGUUGGUUAUAACCAACAUCAAGAAAUAAGUAAUAUUU